AUGGGAUCUUGUUUUUCCAAAUCCGAUAAAGAGCCAGCUACUACUAAGCGUACAACGGGCAAUGAUAGGUUUACUAGGAGUGAGCAAAAGUUAGGAAGUAAUACUGAGUCGGGUACAGCUGGAAAUGGGAAUAAUAUAAUAGAUGAAAAAUAUACAGGUAGCACUAAUAGAAAUGUACAAGAGUCGACUAAUCGUAAUCAAGGUAAACCCCUAGGAGGAGAAAUCAAUGAAAAGAAUCCAAAUACCAGGGAGGCAGUAGCAAAAGCUGCCGAAUUGAGGUACAACAAACAGAGACAACUGUUAAAGGAAAGUCAAGAUAAGUUGAAAACGAUGUCACGGAAGUCGAAGCAAGAGAAGGGGUUACAAAGCUAG